CAAGGUGAAUUAUUCGACGAUCUUCCGCAAUGAGUGACUCGGAAGACAGUAAUAUUGUGGGUGAAAUAAAAGAUUUAGAAAAUGUAUUGGCAACAAUACCGGCGAAUCUUAAAUCUCCAGAAAAAUCAUCGAUCGAAACAAUCCAUGAAUUUUCUCAAAUUGAUGGAAGUUUUGAAGAGUCGAAAACCCCCGAAGACUUAACGAUUGAUAAACUUAAAGCCGCUUUGGAUUUAAACAAACAAAUGAUCGAGAAAUUAAUGAAUACGAAGAAUGAGGUGAGCGCGAUUUUAGAGGAUUGCGAAGAACAGUUGCAAAUGAUAGAUGAAAAAAUGAAAAAGUACGUUAAACAUUGGACGAACAAUUCGAAAAGUAACAUCUCCGCAGCUGGCAUGCCUUAUUUUAAGGAUAAGAAUUGCUUUGCUGCUCCCAAAAAUCACGACACAAAGCUUAAAGCAGCUCGUGGAGAAUUGCAAAUAGCAAAUUUCCAAAAAGCUUGUAUAUGGACGAUUAAAGAUAGAAAAGUUGUAUUAAACACAGUCUACGAAGAAGUUAUGGUAUCUAUAUUAGAAAAUUCACAUAACGAAGGAAUGCAAGAGUCAAAAGUAAACAAUAUUAUUUCAUCUGAAGAUACAUUUAAAAGAAUGUUAAAAGCAAGAAACGUAGAUGAGAUUAUUGGCCCUCUCGGGGAAAAGAAAUUUGACUGGCUUAAAAUUGCAGCCAUGAAUGUUGAUGGCAGACAUUCUGCAGAUGAGUGUUCAGUUAUGUGGAACAUUCUUUUACAUCCUGACAUUAAUAAAAGCAAAUGGACACGUACAGAAGAAUCAAAAUUAAAGAAAAUUGCAAAACUCUAUAGGUACGAAGAUUGGGAUAAUAUAGCAAAAAAAUUGGAUACUAAACGUAGUGGAUAUCAAUGUUUUGUUAAAUAUACUUCUAUGGGAAAUCUAUUGAAGCUAACAGAGCGAACAUGGACAAUGAAAGAAGAUGAAAGAUUAUGCGAUAUUGUUGCAAAAUGUAGAAUAGGCAAUUUUGUACCUUGGGCUGAAGUGAUGAGUUAUAUGAAUUUUAGACCUAAGCAACAACUCUAUUUUCGAUGGAUGUUUAAAUUAGCACCACAUUUGAAAAAAGGACGAUUUACUAAAGCAGAAUCUGAAACUUUAUUGCAAGGUGUUCACAAAUUCGGUACUAAUUUUUCUCUAAUAGCUGCACAAUUAAUGCCUGAUAGAACUUCGAUACAAUUAAAUGAUCAUUAUCAAACGUUAACGUCAAAAGGCUCCACUCAUCAUUGGACGCUUCAAGCCGAUAUGAAACUUAUUGAUUUAUAUAAGAAAAUAGGUCCAGACUGGUCAAAAAUAGCAAAAAAUUUUAAAUAUAAAAAUAGAACACAACUGAGACAUCGAUAUACUGCUUUAUAUAAAUAUGCAUCAAAAGGUUUAUCAAUAUUUGAAAUUCCUAGACCUAAAAAUGAAAACUUGUCAAAAAUGGAAGAUGCCGAGUUUAGCGACAAAGAAUAUUGUGUUGAUGUUAUAGAGAAUGAUAUUGAUGAUAAACUUGAUGAAUUAUUAAUAGAACAUUUUCAGAAUUUAAGUACUAUUAAAUCUUCUCAUAAUGAAAACUUUUAUUAUGAUUCUCAAAAGCUUUGUAGAGAUACAAAAGAAUUAUAUUCUAUUUUAGAAAGUUUACAAGCGGAUCUCCAUAUUCCAGAUAAUUUUGAUUAUCUUCCAUUAAUAGAAAUAGAUAAACAAUUGUUAUAUUCUUUGAAAACAUACAUUAAGUCUAAGUUUGAAAAACAAAAUUCUAACAAAGAAGUAGAAGCUUUCAAAUUAAAAAUGUUUGGUUUGCAGAACAAUGAAGAGCAAAAAGUUCAUUUUAUACCACCGCUUCCUUUUGGAGCUUAUGCAGAUAUUAAAAAUCAUAAACAAACGAAAAGUAUAGAUUAUGUUUUUGAUACUAAUAAAAAAUUUGUGGUUGAUGUAAAUAUGGAAUUUAACACACCUGAAUUGAUAAUUCAUUUUAUAGGUGGUUUAGAAGAACAUAUACAAUUCAAUAAAAUUUCUACUUUAUAUUGUAAUAAGAAGGAUAAAUGUGAACAGCAGAGGAUUAUUCAGUCUAUUAAUAAUACACAUACAAAAUUUAAUGUUCACAAAAAUAAUAAUUUCCCUAACAGUACAGAAAUAGAUAAAUCUUGUAGCUUAAAUGUAAAUAAUCAAUUAAACUUCACACAACCAAAGAAUUAUAUUAACAAAAAUAAUUAUUUAGUGUAUAAAGUAAAAACAACAGUUUAUGAAUCUUUUGGUGAAUCCUCUCUUUGGGUAUCACCUAUGGACCAUAAAAAAGAAUUAGUUAAUGUAUUAGGUGUAGCAAUUAAACCGAAUUAUAUAACUUUAUCAACUUAUAGGAAUUUAGUUACAUUAAAGAAUAUAUAUGAUAUUGAAAAUAUAUCUAAUAACGUUCAGUCGAAUUAUAAAGAUAUUGAAAAAGCAUACAAAUCAGAAAAAGCAUAUGAACUAUUAAAAAGACGACUUAUACAAUUAUUUAAAUAUCCCAUAUGUAUGUCUUAUUUAUCAUUAGAAGAAAUGAAUAAUACAACAGGAUCAUCUUUAGAAGAAUCUAAAAAUGUAGUAUGUAAUAAGAGAAAAACAGUACAAAAAAAUAGAAUUAGAGCAAAAAGAGUUAAAGAAAAUCCUUCAGAAAAAUUUAUUUGUGAUACAAAUAUGCCAAGUAUUACUUGAAAGAUUUGUAAGCUUUUAAGUUUAUGAUACAAAAUCAUGGUUUUAUCAAAUGAUUUUAACUUAUAAUAACGGAGUAAUUUCUAUUUUAAUUAAAUAUUAGGAAAAAUUUUUUAAUCUUCCAGAUGUAUUUUUGUGUACGAAUAUAACGAGUUUCCUAUAAUCUUGAUAUCAUGAAAAGUAAAAUAAAUUUUCCAAAAUUUAUAUUCCUAAAUGUGAUUAUGUGUCUAUUCUAAAUGGUUAGAUUUAUGUAUUGUCUUUUUAUUUGUACCAAAAAUGAAGUUAUUUACAAUAAGCACUUAAAAUAAUUUCAGUUCUAAAAUAGCGGAUAUAUUAAAAACUAAAAAACUGCAAGAAUAUUUAAAAUGGUAUUAUCCAUUAAUGUGAAUUAAAUCGAUCGUGCCUAUUGCGAAAAAAUAAAGUCAAGUCCUUCGAUCAUAUAGAAA